GCCCUUUCUUCAGGAAGGACUGGGCCGCCGAGAGCCGGGCCUCGUCCUCCUGCAGCACCACUCAGCAGCUCUCGGACAUCCGGUCCAAGUUCAGAUUCAUGCCCAAGGACCUGCAGCCCUUGGACAUUCAGAUCACCUUCGACCACCACGUCUACCUCGACGUCAUCCCCUUCCCCACUUUCCGCGACGCCGCCCUCAAGGCGCUCACCUGCGACCCGCCGUUGUUUGACGAGGACCAGAUGUGCGCAGAUAUGACCUCCAACGGCGGCCUGGUCGUCUGGGGCUCGCAGAACAACGAUCAGGGCAUGCAAGCAUGCCGGUCCUGGGAUAUGCGGAGCUGGGAGCCCAAACCUUGGUUUUUGCGAAAGUAUUGGUACCUCGUCGGAGGGUGGGACGGGGAGAUGUGGCGGGCGACGAGAUGGUGGCACGCCAUGAGGAACGAGAGGAUCGAGAUCAGGCCGCCGAGCUCUUCUGAGGUUCUCUGUUGAUGAAGCGACCGUGAAGGUAAAAAGGGUUGGCUUAGAUACUGGGACAACUGGUCGUCGUCAUCCACCUGCAGGUCUUGCCACAUGCAGCAGCAGAGGCACCAGAGCAGUCUGUGUAGUGAUGGUACUGUGUGUCAUUGUACUCAUGAGAAAGAAACAGGAACUAAUUAUUUAUCAAGUUC